AUGGAUCUACUAUUAUUUGAAGCUCUGAUGCAACUUCCACCAUCAACAAGAGCCACCGUUGUAAAAGUGCUGGAUCAUGCAAGCCAAAACCAUCCUACUGAUCAUGAUGAAGAUUCUCAAAAAAGAAGAUGCUUACAAAGAGAAGAAGAAGAAGAAGAAGAGUGUGCGACAGGCACAGUUUGUGUUGAGCCAAGAUUAGAAAGCAGUGACCAGUCAAUUGAUGAUGAAUAUUCUUCUUCUCGCUCUUCUAAGACGGUGACACAAGAAGAGUGUGAAGAGUGUUCAAGGGACGAUGAUGAUGAGACAACUUCUCCUUCUUCUUCAGAGACGGUGGAACAAAGAAUGAUACUGUUCAAGCCACAACAAGAAGAGUAUGAAGACGACGUCGUUUCGACCGAGCUUACGUUGGGAAGUAGUAGCGCAAAGCCAUCACGGCAACAAGAAGAACCUUCCUGUUCUUCACCGUCUGAAGAUGAUACAUCUGCUCUCUUACUCGUCGAGCUAUGCCGCAUUAGGCCUAUGCAACUUCAAACACAAACUCAGACGCCACAGAAGUUUGAUUCGUACAAAUGUGAUGUAUGUGGAAAAGAGUUUACUUCGUACCAAGCCUUAGGUGGACACAAGGCUAGUCACCGAGUUAAGCUACAACAACCACUUGUUGAUAACGCAAACGCAGAAGCUGGGGGACAAACGCGGCCGAGGAUGGCCCCAUCCGGUAAAAUACACAAGUGUUCUAUAUGUCACGUUGUGUUUCCGACGGGACAAGCUCUAGGUGGACAUAAACGCCGUCACUACGAAGGUGUUCUAAGCGGUAACAAACGUAGUCACGACGAGGUUAUAGCGGGGGACAAGUCCAGUCCCAAUCAUGAGAGUGUUGAAACAAAAACGUCGUCGGGUCCAAUGCAGAGUAUUGUAGGCGAUCACAAACGUAGUCACGACGAGGUUAUAGCGGGAGACAAGUCGAGUCCCAAUCAUGAGAGUGAUGUAACAAACAUGUCGGGUCGGAAGCAGAGUUUUGUAGGCGAUCACAAACGUAGUCACGACGAGGUUAUAGCGGGAGACAAGUCGAGUCCCAAUCAUGAGAGUGAUGUAACAAAAAAUCCAGGUCGAAGUUUUGUAGGGUUGUUCGAUCUUAAUGAACCUCCGUUGCAAGAGUUUGAUGAUAACAACAGGCAAGAAGUUGAUAAGUUUGAAAGUGCAUUUGUAGCGAACAAGACGUUACAAUUAAUAAACAAGAUUUAA